AGGACUACACUUCCCAUGCUGCCCCGCGCCGCCGCGUCCUCCCCAUUGGCUGGCAGGGGAGGGGCCGCCCAAUCGCAGCGUCCCGCUCGGGCUCCGCAUGGCGGCGGCGGACUCCAUUUCCCGGCGUGCCCCGCGGGAGCUGCGGCGGGGCCGCGGCCAAUCAGCGCGGCGGUGCCGCAGGGGGCGGGCCCGGCGGCGGGGGGAGGCUGUUUAAAGUGGCGCUUGCGGCGCGGGAAGGGGAUGGCGGAACCGGCGGAAUAUCCCCCGUUCCAGCUGGGGAAACCCCGCUUCGAGCAGACUUCGUUUUAUGGCAGAUUCAGGCACUUCUUGGACAUCAUUGAUCCGCGCACGCUCUUCGUUACCGAGAGCCGUCUGAAGGAAGCCGUGCAGCUCUUGGAGGAUUACAAACAUGGGACUUUGCCCCCUGGAGUCACCAACAAAGAGCUGUGGGGAGCUCAGAAAAUAAAGCAGGCCAUCAUCCACCCCGACACAAACGAGACCAUCUUCAUGCCUUUCCGAAUGUCAGGUUACAUUCCGUUUGGAACACCCAUCGUUGUUGGUCUUCUCCUGCCUAACCAGACGCUGGCGUCCACUGUGUUUUGGCAGUGGUUGAAUCAGAGCCACAAUGCCUGCGUCAACUAUGCAAACCGCAACGCGACAAAGCCUUCUCCGACGUCCAAGUUCAUCCAGGGCUACUUGGGAGCUGUCAUAAGUGCUGUCUCAAUAGCAGUGGGCCUUAAUGUUCUGGUUCAGAGAGCGAACAAGUUUACUCCCGCCACUCGUCUCCUGAUCCAGAGGUUUGUGCCAUUCCCUGCAGUCGCUAGUGCCAAUAUCUGCAACGUUGUCCUGAUGAGGCACACGGAGCUGGAAGAAGGAAUCGACGUUCUGGACAAUAACGGCAACAUCGUCGGGUCUUCCAGAAUUGCUGCAAAACACGCACUGCUAGAAACAGCCCUGACGAGAGUGGUCCUGCCAAUGCCUAUACUGGUUCUACCUCCAAUUAUUAUGUCCAUACUGGAAAAAACGUCACUCCUGAGGUCCCGUCCCCGGAUGAUCCUCCCAGUCCAAAGCCUUGUGUGCCUCGCUGCCUUCGGCCUGGCCCUCCCCUUGGCCAUCAGUCUCUUCCCGCAGAUGUCCGAGAUUGAGACGUCUCGGCUGGAGCCGGAAAUCGCAGUGGCCACCACCAGUAAGACUGUCGUCUACAAUAAAGGAUUGUAAGUGGAAGCGGACAAUCCCAACCCAGAAGAGCUGGGGAGGGAAAGGGGCAAACUUGAGAUCUCGACUAGGAAAGAGAAAACAACAACAAGAUAAAACAAAUGAUAGAGCUCAGCGAUAGUAACGUAUUACCACUCCCGGCGAACCGGGAGUAAAUUAACACUUGCAGAGAACUGACACCUCACACCAGUCGAAAAGAUUAAUAUUUAAAGUUUUAAAUUAGCAACAGGAGCAGCAACAAGAAAAUAACAUUCAAACACUUUAGAGAACUAGCUACAGAAGAAUCUCAGAACUUACUAGCACUGCAUGGAGGGAUGUUUAACGGCGUGUUUACAUCGUUGUACCUAAUCACAUGAAAGUAGGCUUCACCGAGCAAGUUUUGUUUUCACUGCGAAUUAAACCUCCACACUGAUACUGCACAAAA